UGCCUAGCAGCUGGAGACAAGAAGCGAGAGAGAGAGAGGGUGGAGCCCGGGGAACCAGCAGACCAGCAAGGUGAACUGAAGGAAGCCUUUUGCAGAAGCUUCCAGGGAAGAGGCGGGGUAUAGUUACCAUCCUGCUGCUGCUGCUGUUGUCUUCUGCAGAGACUCCAGGGAUGUUAUGUUGAUACCACUCAGACAGGCUGAUAAGUGUAUGUUUGCCUCCUAAGAUCCUUCACGGUUACGCCUUUCCUCUUUGCCCAGACCCAGCACUUGCAAAGGAGAUACCCAUCAGCAUUCAGCAUGAGGCCCCCACUCCCUCUCCCUCUCCCUCUCCGUGCGGUCGCCGUGCUCCUGCUUGUGGAUGUUGCUGUCGCGGAGGCCUUUGGACAUGUGGUUUAUGACCACGGCUCCACCUGCGUAGGUUACAAUGCACUGCCUGCAUGCUUUGGACCGCCCCUCCCGAGUGAAGGGCUGAUGGGAUACUUGAUAGAGGCCAUACCUGCAAACGCCUGUGGUCCUAUAGAAGGCCCGCCGGCAUCCUCCAACUCCUCUGAGGCUUUCAUCGCACUCAUCCGUCGGUCUGACUGCCCCUUUGGCGUCAAGGUCCUUCAUGCACAGCAAGCCGGGUACCAAGCCGCCAUCGUGCACAAUGUGAAUACAGAGCAUCUGGUGAACAUGGUAACUGACGACAAAGAAAUCAGGCAGCAGAUUGCGAUCCAGUCUGUCUUUACAGGGGAAUCAGCCUACAGGCAUCUGAAAAGGGCUUCACGUUACGAAAAAGGGGCUUAUGUCACCCUGGUGGCACCCAAACAUCCUCAUAACCCUUGCCAGGACACUGCUACGCCUUCCAUGUGGGCUACUGCUAAGCGGCACUGGCCUCGCAUGCUGAAAUAUUCCGCAUACCACGUCAUUCUUUAUGUCCUCCAGGAGUUUGGGUUCAUGAUCAAUGUGAUCAUUUGCACCAUCCCGCUUGUGGUCUGCGCACGAUGGUGCGCGAAAGGCCGGAAGAUAACCCUGUGCACCUUCAAAAGGGGAGACCGGUAUGAGACGUGUGUGAUCUGCAUGGCCGAGUACGAAGAAGGAGACCAGCUGAAGAUCCUCCCUUGUUCUCACACCUAUCACUGCGCAUGUAUCGACACCUGGCUUCACACCCAGCCCAGGAAUAAAACCUGCCCCUUUUGCAAACAGCAGGUGACAGUUGAAGCUCAGGAUGUCAGUCUGCACGGAGAGAGGAACCCACAGGAGCAAGGUGGGGGAGAGGAGGACCACGUGGAGGAUGGGGAAGAUGAAGAUGGUCAUGACGAUGAGUAUAUUGAGGGAGAGGAAGAAGACGACCAAAGUGUGGACACUGAGGAAGGGUAUGAUGAGCUGGAGAAUGACCCUCAUUGAGUAAUAGACUCAAACCAACCCAAUAUCAGUCCAAGCCACACGACCCCCAGCUUUUGCCCAUCACUAGCUCCAGCCUGUCUAUUGGGAAGCAUUUAGCUCAGUUCAGUUUUGGCUCCUUUCUCUCACUCCCCACAAUAAAAGGCAUAAAAUGUCUGCUGCAAA